GAAAAAUGCGUAGAAGAAGAUUACGAGAUGUAAGUAUUGUCCAGAAUACUCCAAAUUUGGAAGAAGGAAAUAGUGAACAGCAGACAGUUGUUGGAUCUUCGAAUGUGCCGGAGACACUUGAUGAGCCUGAAGAAUUUCAAACUGAAAGUAGUGGGACGCUUGAGAGUUCGAGGACGUCUGUUGCUUAGAGAUUUAUCGACUUAGAUCCUGUCGAGCGUGUUAAAGUAAGUAGAAAUACUUCGUCACUGUUGGAUCUGAAGCUCGACUUUUAGCAGCUAUUUGGGCAUUUUAGCACGAAAUGCAAAUAUGUUGCCCAUCAACUAUGAAUCAUGGCAUCACAUGCCUGAUAGCAACAAAAAUCAGGCUCUCUCUAAUAUUAAGGAGAGAUUUGCUUUAGAAGUCUUCGAUGAUUAUAUCAAGAAGGCAUUAGGUAAAAGAUGGAGAGACAAUAAAAGCACUUUAAAGAAACAAUAUUUUAAAAAAGACAUAAGCCUCGAGGAAAAAUUGAGAAAUGUCCCGCCGGGAAUGCUGAGGUAUCAAUGGGAAGAUGCGGUUAGAUUUUGGAAUUUAAAGAAAGGAGAGGACCGUGGCGAGUUGGAACAAGCGACAAGCAAAAAUAAAAAUUCACGCUUGGCGAGAGUCGAGAAGUUUUGCUUCAUGAAUGAGGCCGAGGAAGUCAAAUCCGGACAAAAGUUGGACGCCUUGACUUUUGAGAUUACGAUAGGAAGAAAGAUGGAUCUCCUAUGACAUUCAAGUGGAGAAAUUAUGGAGAAACUAAAUGAGAAGAAGGCGGAAUAUGAAGCGAUUGCUUCGAGUGAUAGCUCUUUUAAUCUUGAGAACAUUGAUAACAGAAUUAUCACUGAAGUUUUGGGUCCUGAAAGGUACGGUCGGGUUCUAUUUCAAGGAUCUGGUGUUAUCCCGACCCAAUAUUUUGGAUCCGGCUCCCAGCAAUACAUGCCUUUCGGAAGUCAAGCUCAAGCUAAAGUUCAGAGGUUAAGAGACCAGAUAGCUCAGAUGCAAGCGAACAUGGUUGAGCAAAUUGCCGAGGUUCAACGAAAAUAUGAAGAACUUCAGCAACAACUUAGAGCGGAGGCAGAAGAGAGGGAGGCAGCAGCUGCAGCGGGAGAGGCAGAGGCACGAGAAAUGGUAGCAGAGCAGAGCAAAAAGUACGAUGACCUCCAGCUACAACUUCAGCAGAUGAUGCAUAUGUUUCAGAAAUCGCAAAAGCCGCCAUCUUAGACAUAAGUUUUCUUAUUGUAAGAAUGUUUUUAAGUUUUGUCACGUUUAACAUUAUUGUAAGAAUAUUUUAAAUUAUACUUUAUUUAUUAAUUAUAUCAUAUAUCUUUAGUUAAA